GCCUUUUCGGUCAGUCUUAAUCAUAUCAAAGUCUUGUUUUUUCCCACUGACUCUUGAAAAAUGAUCGUAUCUGGGAUGCUAAAGCUAACAUGAAGCCAAGAUCAUCUUUUAUUGUUGAUUAUGAGACAGGUUUAUGUAAGCUUCUACAGUAGGUUUACGACGGAAGGCCAAGCAGGAUGUCAGGGAAAAAGGUUGUAGUCCAUGCCAAAUGGGUCAUCGGUAAAGUAAUCGGGACCAAGAUGCGGAAAACUGCUAAAGUGAGAGUGACAAGACUGGUGCUGGACCCCUACCUGCUGAAGUUUUACAACAAGAGGAAAACCUACUUUGCCCAUGAUGCUUUGGAGCAGUGCACUGUGGGAGAUAUCAUCCUCAUCAAGGCUCUGCCUGUGGCAAGAUCCAAACAUGUGAAGCAUGAACUUUCUGAGAUCGUUUACAAAGUGGGCCGGGUGGUGGAUCCGCUGACGGGAAAAAGUGUUGCAGGAACAGAGUUUGUGAAGCCUCUGUCUGACCUGCUUCUAGAAGAGAAGAUUUCUCUGUCGGAUAAACUCAAAGAGCUAAACAUCUCAGCUGCAGCUGAUUCUCCGUCUGUACAAACUCCGACUUCAUGAUAGAAAACUGUUUUCUUACAUGCCGUUCUGUGAUGUGAUUUUUGUUUCAAGAGUCAAUAAAAAAUAUAAAUAUGUAACCAUUA